CGUCACGUACAGCGGCGGAAAGCCGAGCCUAGUCGAGUCUGUCCGAAACGAGCCUGGACGACGAGCACAUGAGAAACUGUCGGUGGAAAGGUUCACUGUCAAUACCUCGAAAGAAAUGUCAACCAUGUUCGCUGCGUUGUGUCUCUACCUUCUCUUUGGGUGCUUCCUAAUCAGCGCUGCCGGAGCGGAGCCGCUUCCACCACCGAACGUCACCCUGAUCACCUUGAACACCAACUACACACUGGUUUGGGACUGGGACCAUGCCGCUGCAGACGUCACCUUCACUGCAGAAUAUUUGCCGAAGUACAAGCUAAAGUACAAGAGGACGAAUCUGAACUGGUACAAAGCGUGUGACAAGACGCCACACAAGUCAUGUGACUUUACAGCGCUCAACCUGCACUACUUGGGCAUCUUCGUGUUCCGUGUACGAGUCAACGUGAACGGGAACCACUCUGACUGGGUGCAAAAAGAAUUCUGCCCUGAUAAAGAUGCUGCUUUGGGUCCACCAACCAAAGUGGAGCUCAAGCCUGCUGGAAGUGGCCUGGACAUUUACAUCUCUGACCCUCUGACCAGCACUAACCUCUCUAUGAAGGAAAAGAUUCCCGAGUUGUACUACGACAUCGUCUACUGGAAAUACACUGAGGACAAACGGGCCUCAAGAAACCACACAUUGAACAGCACUAUGAACGUAGUGACGCUGUCAGACCUGUUGGCUUGGACGUUGUACUGUGUGACCGUCCAGUCACGCCAUGACUACUACAAUAAGAGAAGCGUCUUCACCACACCCCAGUGCAUGCAGACCGAAGGUCCUGUCCCGUGGUGGACGAUCGUCCGGUACUUCCUGGGCUCUCUGAUGAUCUGCUUCCUGAUUGUGCUGCUCAUAGUGUACGUCUUCUUUCGGUGCUUCAAGACCGUCAAGUCAACAUUUUUCCCCUCCGGCCAGCUGCCAAAACACUUCGAGGAGUAUUUUUGUGACUCUCCGGCGUCGGACAUCCCUCGCCUUCUCUCCCCGGAUAAAGAAGCCGAGAUAUUGUGUCAUAAGGUGACCAUCUGUCCAGAGCCGGCGUUCCUGGAGAUCCACGACCCUCCGCCCGAGGCCCUGCAGGAGCUUGCACAGGGCUUGGAACCAGACAGCAGUGGCAGACACAGUCGUCAGGGCAGCAGCGGCAGCAGAGACUCUGGAGUUUACUCCACAGAGGGCGGCUCCGGCCUGCCGCAGACCAGCAGCGGUCAGUCCUCCACGGGGGCCGAAGACUCCUGGCAGGCCCCCAUCAAACAGCAGGAGCAGGUGAAGAUGCAGGACAUGGCUCCAGAGCUCAAGAGUCAACGUCUGAUGGCAGACGAGGGCGUUGUAGACGUGUGUGUCUGAAGGCACGCAAGCAGAAAAGACUUCUAGGUUUUGAAGCGGGGGGAUCGUGAGGUUUGUGGGAAAAUGUGCAGCGUGCCUUUUUUUCCCUGCUGUCACUGUUAAGAGAGGAAGGCAUCAUGUCUGCUAUAAAAAAAAAAAUUACUAGAAUGGAAAAAGGACCACUAGAAAACAAAAAAAACAUCAACUGUGACGGCACUCAGUGUCUCCAGGAAGCAGGAAGUUCUGUUAGUACUGAUUUACAUGUGUUCUAAAUUCCUCUCGUAUUGUCUCCACGGUCUUAACCCUGCAUUCAUACCAUGACUGCUCUAAUCUAACUGAAUCUUAUCUGUGUAGCAGUCUGAAUUAAUAAUGGUUUUAAGGGUCAAAUCAUCUUUUUUUUAUAUUUUUUUUUACUGCUUAUUGCUAAAAUGAGCUAACACUGGUAGCUUACUGGUGCUAACUAGGUAGCGUUGUUUGAACAUAAGCAGAAGUAAAACAAACUGACUCAAGAGGUUGACAUUGACACCAACAAUGGAUGCGGUUGUUCUGAAAGCUCUAGUUGUAGUUCUAGAGAAGCGGGAAGCUUUGAAUGGAGUCGACCUCCCACAGAAGACUGUGGUUACCUCUCACAAAACACCAGGACCUUAGGAGGAAACAGGGGAGCACUCACAGCAUACCUGAACACUUCCACUACGGGAACUUAACUACCUGUUACCUUGAACUUCCCAAAACCUGAACCGUCUAGCAGUCGUAGAUCAAACACGGUCGGUCCGGUCGGGAAGGCUCCGAUGAGUUCUUCACAAGAUCUUGAUUUAGUAGCACAUUCACAAUACAUGUCUCAGAAUUUAUGGAAGAUUUAAAAUGCCAAAAUAAAAACAAAUCAAACCAUGAAAUAAAGUGGAAUGCAUACACGAUACACAUUGUUAUAUGUAUUUUCCUUUAUAUGUAUGCAUUUACUGUGUCAUAAUUAAAUUAAAGCCGUAUGUUAAAAGGAUUAUUGUUUACAAUUAUGUGAGGUGUGUUACCUUGUACUGUCAUUAGUUUUCAUGACAGACUUCUUCUUCUGUAAAUGGUAGACACACCGUUCAUGCCAAAAUUAAACUGAUUAACAAUCAGUUAUCAAUAAAAUUAACUAACCUUUUCUCAUUUAAUCCUGACACUGUGAAUGCAUACUUUAAAAAGGUUGUACAUGGGGGGGGGGGACCCAAAAGUUACUGGAACUGUUUAUAAAAAAACAAAAAAAAACCUGUCAUUAUAAAUCUUUCAGUAAUGUCUUUCUAAUCCUCACUUGUAACACUUGUCUCAGUGCUUCUCCCCUUCCUGUAGCCAUCUUAUGUCACCAUGUUCAGAGCUUCCUGUGUUUCUUCCAUGGUGGUGAAUCUCUCUCCUUUCAUAACCAAUAUUAGUUUUGCUAAGCUGUUGCUAUACGCUACCUAGCAGCAGAUCCUCUUAAUUACACCCUACUCAGUGGUUU